UUCCGGAAGGGGCUGAGCAGUUGUGGCGGCGGUUUGUGUGUUGCUGGUUAGUGCUUCUUCCCCGCCGGAGCGACGGGAUAAAGGCGGCGUCAUGGUCGAGGAGGUACAGAAACACUCUGUGCACACACUUGUGUUCAGGUCAUUGAAGAGGACCCAUGACAUGUUUGUGGCUGAUAAUGGAAAACCUGUGCCUUUGGAUGAAGAGAGUCACAAACGAAAAAUGGCAAUCAAACUGCGUAAUGAGUAUGGUCCUGUGUUGCAUAUGCCUACUUCAAAAGAAAAUUUGAAAGAGAAGGGCCCUCAGAAUGCAUCAGAUUCAUAUGGACACAAAUAUCCUGCCAAUCAAGGACAAGAGGUUGAAUAUUUGGUGACAGGGACACAUCCAUAUCCACCAGGACCUGGGGUUGCACUGACAGCAGACACUAAGAUCCAAAGAAUGCCAAGUGAAUCAGCUGCACAGUCCUUAGCUGUGGCAUUACCUACGUCUCAGGCCAGGGUUGAUGCAAAUCGUAGUGCACCUGCUGCAGGUGAAUACCGACAUCCAGGGGCUUCUGACCGCUCACAGUCUGCGGGCGCGGUUGUUGUGGAUGGUGGCAAUGCCAAGAACUCUGCACUGAUGGCUAAAAAAGCUACAAUGCCAAAGCCCCAGUGGCACCCACCGUGGAAACUCUACAGGGUGAUCAGUGGGCACCUUGGCUGGGUUCGCUGUAUUGCUGUGGAACCUGGAAAUCAAUGGUUUGUUACUGGAUCUGCUGACAGAACUAUAAAGAUCUGGGACUUGGCUAGUGGCAAGUUAAAGCUGUCCUUAACAGGGCACAUCAGCACGGUGCGUGGCGUGAUAGUGAGCACGAGGAGCCCGUACCUCUUCUCCUGCGGGGAAGACAAACAAGUCAAGUGCUGGGAUCUGGAGUAUAAUAAGGUUAUAAGGCACUAUCACGGACAUCUGAGCGCAGUGUAUGGACUGGACUUGCACCCGACAAUCGACGUGCUGGUGACCUGUAGCCGAGACUCAACUGCCCGGAUUUGGGAUGUAAGAACUAAAGCCAGCGUACACACGUUAUCUGGACAUACUAAUGCGGUUGCUACAGUGAGGUGUCAGGCUGCAGAACCACAAAUUAUUACUGGAAGCCAUGAUACUACAAUACGAUUAUGGGAUUUGGUGGCUGGAAAAACAAGAGUCACGUUAACGAAUCAUAAAAAAUCAGUCAGGGCUGUGGUACAUCCAAGACAUUAUACAUUUGCAUCGGGUUCGCCAGAUAACAUAAAACAGUGGAAAUUCCCAGAUGGAAGUUUCAUUCAAAAUCUUUCUGGUCACAAUGCUAUUAUUAACACAUUGACAGUAAAUUCCGACGGAGUGCUUGUAUCUGGAGCUGACAAUGGCACUAUGCAUCUUUGGGAUUGGAGAACUGGCUACAAUUUCCAGAGAGUUCACGCAGCAGUGCAGCCGGGGUCUUUGGACAGUGAGUCAGGAAUAUUUGCUUGUGCUUUUGAUCAGUCUGAAAGUCGAUUACUGACAGCCGAAGCUGACAAAACCAUUAAAGUGUACAGAGAGGAUGACACAGCGACAGAAGAAACUCAUCCAGUCAGCUGGAAGCCAGAAAUUAUCAAGAGAAAGAGAUUUUAAUGUGGCAUCUUCAUGGUGGUUCCGAUUUUGUUUUUGUUUUAAUUUUUUUUUUUUUUUUUUUUUUUUCUUAGCUUGGCGUUGAUGAGACUAUCCAGUCAUUUGUGCUCUGGCUAGGAAUAUAACACAAAAACUCACACGCUUGAAUCAUUGCUUCUUCCUAUUUUACAAUAAACUUUCUUCCCAUGUUUUUAUUUCUAAAAUGAACAAUUUGAGAUCUUAGGAGGUAAAAUGCAGAUAUCAAGCAUAUGGAAGUUUGUUGAACAGAACUAUUCCAAAGAUAGAAUAUUGUGUCACUUUCAUUAAACCACACUUUUAUUUUCUUUUUCCUUUUUUAAAAUUAAAUCUACCAAACUUAUUGCUACAGUAGGGCAUGUUUUGAGGGGAACAGUCUUUUUUAAAAGCCCUUUCAAAACUGGUACCUGUGACUAAUAAUGUGGGAUUAAAGGAUCUGAAGUC